AUGCUCAAGACAUACACUGGAGAGCCGUUGGCACCAGAAGGGGUCAUCAAAGUGCAAGUAAGGUUAAACAAGCAAUGUGCUGAUUUGCCUUUGUAUGUAGUUAAAGUGGAUGCACCCGCAUUGUUUGGCAGAGAGUGGCUGAGAGUAAUUAAACUGAACUGGAAAGAUUUAAAGACUGUGCAUGUAAUGGAGCAAAAAGAGAAAGACAACUUGGAGACGGUGUUAAAGAGACACUCCGCUGUUUUCUCUAAUAGUCUAGGCACAAUGAAGGGAAUUAAGGCCACAUUGACUAUUAAACCUAACAGUGUUCCAAAAUUUUGCCCACCACGUAAUGUGCCAUAUGCUCUACGACCACGAGUCGAGGCUGAACUAAAGCGACUGACAGAACUGGGAGUGAUCUCACCCGUGGAGCACAGUGAUUGGGCCACGCCCGUGGUGCCUGUCAGCAAAAAGGAUGGCACAGUAAGGCUCUGUGGAGAUUUCAAGAUCACCAUCAACCCAUCUCUGUGCGUGGAUAAGUAUCCGAUUCCAUGCAUUGAGGAUCUUUUUGCCUCUCUAGCAGGAGGCCAAUGCUUUAGUAAGCUAGACUUAUCAAACGCUUAUCUACAGAUGGAGGUAGAAGAGAACUCUAGGGAGCUGCUGACUAUUUAG